AUGGAGCCGGAUGGGAGCAUCGAGUCGGCGUCCGUGAUCCGCGUGGUGGUGCUGCAGGUGGGCGAGAUCACCGCGUCCGCCUUCCGCACCUAUUCCAGCCUCAUCAUGAAACACAGAGUGAUGCCGCUGCAGGGCGUGUUCGGUUACUACAAGGAGCACCAGAAGAGCCCCUUCUCGCACCAGCCGUGGACGACGGGGUCGCUGCGCUUCAACUUCAUUCUGGGCGGCAGCAGCCGCAGCCCCUGGCAGGAAUUCGUGGCGCAGCGCAAGAUACACGGGGUGAUAGGCGUGUGUCACUGCCCGCGCAUGCCAGACACAGCAGCGGCAUACGAGGAGUUUGUGCUGGCAUGCAAGGCGUACCCCCUCGCGCAGGUCAAGCGCUGCAUUGCAUUCGACCCCAACACAGAGCAGCUGGCAGAGGAGGAUCCGCAGCGGCGCAACCUGGUGAUCCUAUCGGGCGCGGAUCAGCAGCGGCUGGAGGCGCUGCUGGUGUCGGUGAUGCACGAUUUUGCCGCCUGUGUGCUCAUGGCGCUCGAGAGCUGGGUGCUGCAUGUUGAUCCGAUCGCUGCUAUCUUCUUGUCACCCCUUGACAACCCCAAUGUCACACCCAAUGAGGACGCGGCGCGGCUGAAGAAGAAGCGGUUAGCUCGGAUUCAGAAGGCCAUCGGUGACUACUGUCUGCUGGCAGGGUCGCCCCUGGAUGCGCGCAGCCACUACGGCACGGCCAUUGAGCUUGGGCGCCUCACCAACAGCACCGACCCGCUCUGGCUUGCUGGGGCUCUGGAGGGGCAUGUCAGCACUCUGGCGCCCCCGUGCGCGCCCCCUCUCUUCCUCACCUCGACUGCGCAUGGCAGCAAGGAGAUGGUGCGCGACGUGGUGUAUCUGGAGGCACAGGCGCCUAAAAAAAUCGCAUUUCCUUGCCCCUUCCCAUGUCACCUCUGCUCUCCCCGUCCUUCCAUUGUUGCGCAUGGCAGCAAGGAGAUGGCGCGGGACGUGGUGGAUUUACUGGCACAGGCGGUGGAGACGGGGCGAGGGCUGCAGAACCCCAGCGACCUCCUCGUGCUCUACAUUGAGGUGGCGCGCAUAUUCCAGCAGCUGGGCUACGAGCGCAAGGCGGCUUUCUUCACCCGCCAGGUGGCCAAGCUCUACGAGCAGCAGGAGUCCCGCUUCGCUGCUGUCAGCGCGCUGCAGGUCAGUGCAGCCCUCCUGAGACUGCAGAUGGAGCUGCUGAGUGACAUGCUCGCCGUUGCUGUGCGCGCUGGGGAGCCCCUUGCUGCCUGGGCUGCCGCGGCGCGGCUUCUGCGCGGCUUCUACCCGCUCAUUCUGCCGCAGAGCCAGGAAUCACUGGCCCAAGCACUCACAUCGGCCAGUGAGAGGCUGCCAGCUGGCACCCGCUGCCCUGACCUUGCUCUUCCCUUUGUCAGGUUCCAUGCGUUUGCAACAGCCCCCCAGCAGACCCAAGUGGUGAAGCGCACGCGCGGUAAGCGCGACUGGUGGGUGGGGGCGGGCGGAGGAGGCCCGUUCAUCUACACGCCCUUCACCACGCGAGCAGCCAACGUGAAGCCCGACAUGGUGUGGAUCGUGGGGGAGGUGGCUCAGGUCAUCAUAGAGCUCUCUAACCCCUGUGCCUGCGCUGUCGACAUCGAAUCCAUCUAUCUCAAUGUUGAUGGGGAUUUUCAGCCCUUCCCCGCGUCGCUCUCUCUUCGCCCGAAUACCUACUCUCACCUGCUCACGCUCUCUGGCUUGCCUCGGUCGCCGGGGGUGAUUACGGUCCUGGGCUGUUUCCUGCAGUCGUUUGGGGUGCUUACGGACCAUCGAUUCGCCGACACGACGAUCACGACCGUUGCUGCAGCGGCUGGGGGUGCGGGAUCGGGAGCAGGGCUGCCGUUGAUUCCAGGCGUGGGCCUGGUGGACCCGUUUUCCCCCGCUGCUGCAGCGUCUGUGGCUGCUAAUUCCGCUGCUGCAGCUGCUACAGCCACCCCUCUAUCCGCCCCCACUAUCUCUGCUACCUCCUCUCUCUCUGCAGCCGCAACCAGUGUCGACACUGCGGUUAAGAGCGGUGCCAGCGCCGGGCGGGGAUUCUUGGCCUCUUCUCCCAUCCCGUCCACCUCUGUCCUGCCCGUGCUCGAUAUUUCCGUGCUGCCCGAGCUUCCGCUAUUGGUUGCAACGGCGGAGGACGGCGACGGGGCAGCUGCGGUUCUUUUCGACGGGGAGGUCAGGGAAAUCUCGGUCAAGCUGGUAAAUUCCAGCCGGGUGCCCGUAGUAGACGCAUUCGUUUCCGUUGCAGGCAGGCAGAAGCGGCACCUGAUCGUUCUCGGGCAGGAAAAACUCGCAGCAGCGCUGCCCCUGCUUCCGGGAGCCGCAGUCACCCUGCCCGUGAAAAUCGUGGCACAGUUCCAGCCAGAGAGCCCUGACAAAGACCCCGAGAGUGAUCCCGGCACCCCAGCAGCACCAACCCCUGCGUCCAAAUCCGCUGCUGGCAGCAAGGAGAAGGAGAAAGAGAGGAAGGACGAUGCAGUGCCCGGGCGGCGGCUGUCGUUCCCCAUCAAUCUGUGUGUGCGGCGCGGCCUGUCUCUUGUGCGUGCGCGCCUGCUCGUCACAGGGGGCGUCACUCCCGCCGUGCAGUCCGAUGGGGGAAUCACCACCACCGGUGCUGCCGGUGGCGGCGCUGCUGCUGGUGCUACCAGCCUUGCUGCGUCUGGUCGGGGUGGUGGAGCCGGGGCAGGCUUGACGCAGGCCAAGGGGCUGAGGCUGCUGGACCUGGAGGUGUGGAACGGCACUGACUCUGCCUUUGAUGCCUCUCUGGAAGAGGCCUCCCUCCUCGCCUCAGGUGGCUCCGUCUCGCACUCCCGCAUCGGACGAGACUGUGCCGCCCGCCUCCUCAUCCCGCUCGGCGGAUUCGAUUCCCUCCUGGGCUCCGAGGCAGAGGCCGCCCUGGCGGUGCUGCACCACGAGGAGCAGACGGGCGGCGACACCACUGUACGCCGCCAGCUGGCACUAGGCCUCGGGCCGAUCCCGUCCCCAUUCACGACAAUCAUCAAUGCGAUCUGCUCGCGGGUGAAGGUGCGGUGGCUGUCGGCAAGGAACUGUCGAGGGGAGGUGAGGAUUAGAGAGGCGGUGCGGGCAGUGGUGGAGAGUCAGGCCGUGGCCGUGCUGCUGCCGGAUCCUCUGGCGUUCUCCUUCCGAGUCACUGCUCCUCCUCUCUCUGCUGCUGGUGCUGCUGCUGGGGGUGGGGGUGCUGGGAGUGGUGGCAGUGAGUGGAGGGAAACGGCAGGGCUGGCGGCUGGUGAUGGUGAUGGUGGUGCUGCGAGGGACGGAGGGAAUGGGGGAGGAGGGGCUGCGAAUGCAGAGGGGGCAGCAGGCGGAGGGAGUGGAGGGGGAGGGGCAGGAGGGGCGGGGGGCGGGGCGGGGUUCAGUGUGACGAGUGCGUUGGAGUUCACAACAGUGGAGCUGACAGUGACCAAUCAGAGCAAGGGCAAGCUGGCUGUGAGUGUCAGCGUGACGUGUCGCGACGUGACUGGCGAGACGUGCGUGGGGGAGGCUACUCAGAAGCAGCACGUCAUGUGGGCAGGCACACUAAACGGCAUCGACGCCACACUAGACCCCGGCCAGUCGCUGCACCACAAGUUCAGCCUGUGCUUCCUCGUACCUGGCGAGUACACGCUCUUUGCAGCAGCGGUGGUGGACAACCAGGGCCCCUCGCCCACGUCCCUGCUCGCCUCACACGCACAGCUGGCAGGGCGACCAGGGCACACACAGAACCCCAACCCGUGGUGGGCCGUGCUGGAUGCUAGCAGGCGCCCUCAGACCAUCUGCUGCACCAGCCUGCCUCACGCCAUCACUGUGCUUGGCGCUGCUUAG